GGAAAUAGCGGAGACGGACGUUGCAGUGCAUAAAUCACUAGAAAUUUCUUCUGUGACUUUCUUUUCUAACUACUUUUACGAAAUAAUUUCGACGACUCAAGAAAUUUAGUUGUUUUCUGGUUCAUUGGACGCUGUAUUACGUGGGAUUUUUAUGUGAACAACAGAGUGUUCUCAUCUGGCAUUGUUGGGACAUACGAUUUAUUCUCUCCCACAGUUUCGAUUUGAAACCAAAGCCUCUUGAUUUUUCCUGAGGGUACAGAUCACAGAAAAAGUUUAUUUACUAAAGACGAUCACUUUUUGUGGUGGAUUUGUUCAAAAUGGAGAUUUAUUGGGUUAUCAAAGCUUCCUUAGAGCUCAUUUUUGUGAUGGCGAGUAUGGUUGUGAUGUCUUCCGGUAAGUCUGAUAAUUUAUCAGUUACGUUUGUUGGCUCAACACCUCACGUCAGGAUUUCUGUUGUACCCAAGUUUGAUAUUCAUAUGAUGUUCGUGUCUGCCUCAUUUACAGGAGUAAGUAAGCUUGAAGCCCUAUUUUUCAAAUACGUUGAAAGGACGCUUAAUUGAUAACCACAAGACAGUUAGCAUCGAACUCGUUUCAUAUGGUAAAAAUAAACACAUACAUGUAUGUUUAAGCUUACUUGAACAGAACGUCAAUAAUGUUCAUGUUGCAUACAACUGCAUCUCCUUUAGGUAUAUAGUAUAAAAUCGAAAAGCAGCUCUCCGAUCACAAAAUUGGAUUACAAAAGUUCAUGUAAUAUAUGAAAUAUCAUGAUCACAAAUAUAUCGAAUAUGGCAUAUCAUGUAGCAUGUUGUCGACGUGUUUCUGUCACUACUCAAGGAAUCACCAAGAACGAUGUUUAGUAGAUUUGUUGAAAAUGAUGUUCAAGUCUGUAGAAAGAUUGACUCAUAGUAAAGUUUACAUGUACAUGAAACUUUGGAAAUGUAUUCCAUUUACAAUAUGACGUAUGCGUUAAAAUGCGGAAUGCACCUAGUCGCUUACUGCUGCAAAAAAUGUGAUGAAAUAUGUUACGAAUUGAGCCAUUGUGCCGCUAAACUUACUAUGCUUGUACAAGUAUCAACCAAACUUCAGGAUGAUGCUUUACCUCUAUGUCAACUAGUUGUUGGUUUUAAAUCAAGUCACCAAGAUUUAUCCUAGGUUGUCAAAAGGUUUUCGGGUAUAAAUAAAACUGUGAUACAAAGUAGGCAGAAUAAUGUCAUGCUUCCAUGCUGAAAAUUGAAUCUCAAGAAUUUGGAAGAGCUGGUGUAUUUUUCAGAGUAGAAGGUGAAAAUUUAUUGUGCUGGUUGCAAGGCCUGUUGCUUGCCUACUUUGACAACCUUAUAUAUUCUGUAAUCAGAUAUUAGUCUUGACUGAAAGUGCUUGAGAAAUCAGUUUCUAUUAAUAAUGCUGUACUCAAGUCCCUCAUUGCAAUAUUUUUACCAAUCACUUUCAGAGGCUGGAGAUUUACCAGCACUACAGCACAUGUACAUGUAACUGUAUAAUGUAAACAAAAAUACUAAUGACUCAGACCUUGAACAAAUUAUUGUUGUUAAGUUGAGCUUUCAACAUGCCAUUUGAUGUGACUAAACUUUAAUGAUAUUUCCAACUUUCAAUUUGCUACCACUCAAUUAGAAAAUUACUCCAUAUUUCUGUGAGUGAAGCUCGAUUCCUAGCUUUGUGGGUAUUCACUUUAUUAAAAUAACAAAGGGAAAACUCCAAGUUUUUUAUAUUGUUCUAAUCUAGAAGUAAUGCACUGAAAAGUUUCAUUGCUGGCAUGACAAAUGCCGUCCAUCAAGUAUGGGAAACCAUGAAAGUGCCCAAUAAAUAAUCCUUAAAGUGGGGUUGUGGAGAAGAGUGAAGUAAAUCUGUUUCAGGGGUCUAUUUGCUAUAUCAGGAGUUCAAUCCAUUUCCAAGACCAAACAGGUGCUUGUAAAUCUGUGGGUUCAAAGUAGAAGUUAAGGAAUUGUUGAAAUUCAUCUCUUUCUGGUAAAGUUACAUGUAGCCUGAUUAUCAAAUUCUAACUUGUAACUCAGGAAUCAACCUCUAAAUUCACAAUGCUUUGCAUUUAUUAGCUGAUCUUAUCAUGAAAAUAUUUUCCAAUCAGUUCUUCUGACAUGCAUUUUACGAACUUUUGAACAAUCCCAUCUCAUGCUUAAGCGAUGUUUUGCUAUACAUUGUUCACAACUGAGAAUGUACAGAGGAAGGACCUAAGACCUAACUGUCACCUUUAUUUGAUUUGGUUAUGUUUCUCUCUGUCAAUUUCAGCAAAUUGCCCAGAUCCUGGCUUUCCUGCUCAUGGCAAUAGAACUGUACAUGUAUCUCCUGCGAGACGUCCAAUGGAUGACGGAACCGUCAUUAGUUUCUCAUGUGAUCCUAACUAUACUCUCAGGGGAGCCAAAAAGAUCAUAUGCAUGAAAGGACGUUGGAAUGGGAAAAAACCAAUAUGCAAGGCAUCAGGUAUGUAUCACCGUUUCCUAAAAAUUUGUUGACUUUGAACAAAACAGAGUCUCGUACGUGAACAUGUACAUAAAAACCUCAGAUUUUAGUUGGGAGACCAGUGAAAGGACAAGGUAUUUCAAUACUUUGUACUGUAGGAUGCAACUGGUGAAUCUUGUCUUUUGUUCAAAAGUUUUUGAUGUGUCCAUCUUGUGUAUGAUGGGGUUCUCUGGGAUAAAUGCUAGCAGUCACAACUUGGAAGUUAAGAAUCUGUAGGGUUGAAUCAUAAGAAGUUGCAGCAUGCAGAUAAUAAUCAUAGAUGCUCGUUCAUUGCUAAUUUUCUUCUGCUUCUGAAGAUAGGAGCUACAUUGUAAGACUAUGAGAUUAGUGUAACAUUCAUGUAAUGAGCUUAAUAAAGAUGGAAGUGACUUCUGAUGCAAAGUCUUCUGACUACCACUCCCCUGUGUCUCUAGGGAAUACAACACAAUUUUUGAGGAGAAUGUAGCAUUUAUCAGGAUUCACUUUAUUCAUGCAUUCAUUAAAUUUCAAUAUGAUACUAAUUCAAAAUAUGACAGUAAUAAUUUUUGUAAUCAGUAAUAAUUAUUGUAAUGAUAAUAAGCUUUAUUUGUGGAGGGGAACACCUGAUAGUACUAGAAACACUGAUUAAAGCUAGGCCCUUCUUGAAUAUUCUGUUACCAAUGAUCUGAAUCAAAAGGAACACGAUUAAAAAUCUUAACUGAAAGGAGGAAAACUAGUUACCUUUUUACAAGUAUGGUGAAGGAGUUAAACUUAUGGCUAGCAAGAAAAAAAUGGUCAUUCAGAGCGGGAUUCAAAUCCAGGACUUCCCCAUUGUUGGUGCCUCCUUAAAAAUUUCCCUUAACUCCCAGAAGUGAUUCACAUGAAACUUCUCUCUGUGAUGUCCAUAUGUUAUCAAGCUAACUAGUAAUGAGAAUACUCAAACUUAUCUGGUAGAAAUUGUGAUCUUGAUCUAACAUCAAAUUCUCAUAACUAAUUUACAAAGCAAUUUGUAGCAGCAAGAGGGGAGAAUUAAAAUUCAGAUUUUGGGAGCUAGAGGGUUAACCCUUUACACGCUAGUAUCAGUAUACAGUUUGGAGGAUAUUUUCUUCAUACUGUUCUCCAUAUAUUUCCUGAGGUGCCCUGAAGGAGAUUUAAUUUUUCAAUCAAGAGCUUCUCUUAUUGGUGAUCAUUCCCUUAUAUUCUCAUGACCUUAAUGUGUGUUUCAGGGGUGAUAUUGUAAGGAGAAAUUAGAAGCUAAUCACUCCAAGGUUUCAAAGAAUUGAUGGUUACAUUGUGCUGUUACUUUUCGCAGGUUGUUCUCUACCACCACCCUAUUUUCCCAAUGCACAUCAGAAAAGUCAGUUGCCACAAAACACUAUAGGGAGUUAUGUAGAAUAUGAAUGUAUUAAAGGCUAUACUUCUGAAGGAAGAUCAACAAAGAUCCUGUGCGAUAAGGACCAUGAUUCGCAAGGGUAUUUCUGGAAUGGUAACAUCACUUGUGAAAGUAAGUGUUGUAAUUGUUAUUGCUCCUACAUGUAACAUAAUUAGUAGUUCCCUGGUAUUCAUAUAAAUUUAUGUAUUUAGAACUGAAGGUCCAAUUGAGUGAAGAAAGUAUUUUGGUGUAUUAAACAAAAUUAUCCUGAUUUGAACAAAAUAGCCAUGCUAAAGUCAUAGAAAAUAUAGAUGUGCUUGAAAGGGUGAUAAUCCACAUCUCAAUUGACACCUAAGGUAUAGCUUUUAAUAUUGUCUAUGAUAAGAUUAUUAUAUUCUUACAAUAGUGUACUUCUAUGAGUUUUUCUUUUCAUUAAUGACAAUGUAUAGUAUGUAAGAAUUUGAUACUGUAAAAUAUUUAAUACUUGUAUUGUAUAUUAUGCAAAAAUUUGAUACUGUAAAAUAUUUAAUACCUAUAAAGAGCCAAUGGAUUUUUUAGUAGAAGUGGCAUUAUUAUUAUUAUUAUUAUUAUUAUUAUAAUUAUAAUUAUGAUCUCUUCUAUCACAGUCUUUGCUGGUGCUCUAUUUGUGCAUCAGCUAGGCACAAACCAUGCACACAGCGCAUCAGUCACUCAAGUCAAUCAUUCUGUUCAUACGCUAAGCACCUCCCUGAGGAUUCGUACUGAUCCCGGCAUGCAGAUCCUAUUAUUAUUAUUAUUAUUAUUAUUAUUAUUAUUAUUACUAUCAUUAUAUCAUUAUCAUUAAUAUGUCAACCUUCCCAAGAGACAAAGCUUUUGUCUUUUUCUACUUUCAUAAUAUUUUUUUUUGCUCUGUACACGAACAAUUUAUGAGGGUACUUUGUACUGCAGUGACCUAACUCCAUGAACAGAAAUAAAUGCACAAAAGAAUAAGUGAUCAGUUUUGAUAUACAAAAAUAAUUUAAAACAAUGAUUAAUUUUGCUCAAUACAUUCCACUCUGAAAUGCAUUUUAACCCUUUAGCUCUCAAGAUCUUAUUAUUCAUAAUUUUUCCUUCUAGCUGUUACAGAUUUUCUUGUAAACUAGUUACUAGAACUUGGUGUUAGAUCAAGAUAAUAACUUCUACUGAAUAAGUUUGAGUAUUCUCAUGACCUGUUUGCUGGAUAUACACUGUAGUAUGGAUUUUAUUGAGAGAAGUUACAUGUUAAGUCACUCUUGGGAGCUAAAGGAUUUAAAAUGAUCCAAAUGAAUAAUAAAGAUGACAUUUUCUAAAUGGUACUUAUCUACAUGUAUGUGUUUGUGCCUUCCAAAUGGAGACAUAUUAUUCUUUUAAAUCCAAAGAAAUAAGUCUAGGAACUUAAAUUGUGCAAGUGUAAAGAAGCAACUAUUAGUUGUGUUAGGCCAAAAUUUUGUCAUUCUUUCUUAAAGAGAUGAGUUCACAACAAAAUUCAAAAUUCUUACCUCACAGCUAAUUUUCCACAGAACGGAACUAAAAUACAAUGGUACUCAGCUGGUUACCAGUCGAGACAACUAGCAAACAUCCUCAGAUAUAUUUAAUGGUGCUACAGUAUAUUUAUUACAGAUUUGUCUGUAUCUUUUACUAAUUUAUUUAUUUUUUAUAUAUAUUCAUCAGAAAUAAGAUGUGGUCCUCCUCCAAGGAUAGCCCACGGCAACGUUACCACUGGCCCCAAUUCGGAUGGCACCCGAACAUAUGCAACAUACCAUUGUUUUUCUGGCUAUGUGAUGCUGGACUUAAACGAUAAGCCAAUACCGCCAACACCACCAUUUUUAAUGUCGUGUGGUGAAGGACGACCUUGGCCAAAGAUUCGCACCCCUAAAUGCGGUAAAUAUGUUAUUUAGAUCAUGGAAUUGCAAAGCUUUGAAGGCCACAGGCAAUAUAUGUACACUGGACAUGGUACAAUGUGUUUGAAUUUUUUCCCCAGAGAGUGACUGAAAUAGGUCUCAAUGUGUCUGUCUAUCCGAGGGUCUGUUUGUUUAUAUAUCUCUGUUUGGCUGAUUUUAUUGAUCAAUCAUUUAUUUCUUUAUAUGUAGUUAUUUGUCUCUUAUGUUUAUAUCUCACAAUGUAGUUAUUUGUUUAGUAUCUUAGCAUCCAAAUAUUUCCCAAGAUAGAAGACUAUGAUUGGAAUUUUUCAUGCAAACCUGACUCCAUUGACCAAUCAAAAUUGAUAGCUUUAGUUUUAGUUUUAAUGUGGAAGAUUUCAAUCUCCUGGAAAACUUUGCCAAUUUGUGGGAGUUUGCUCGCAAUGGGAAGACAUUCCUUUUGGGAACGGUGGAAACACUCCUCGUUACUUCAUGCAGAGGGAUAGAAGUUUGGCAGAACUGGGCCAGUAGAGCAAACUUGGAACACUUGCUGUGUAAAGUUUAUGAUUGUGAACUGGAUGUAACACAUUUGUUUCUCUUCUUCUUCUCCCUUAGUGAAAACCUGCCCCACAUCAGAUGUAAAAAUUGACCAUGGUGGUAUCCAAAGUGAACCCCGCUAUACUACUACUGAACAAAAAAUUUUCACUGAAAAUGAGACUGCAACAUUUUUGUGUGAACAUCAUUACAAGCUGGAAGGAAAUCGGAAGCUGAAAUGUAUGAAAUCUGGACUCUGGUCUGAUAAGGCUCCUCGUUGUGGUAUGUUAAAAAAACAAAUAUGUAUUUGAUUAUUUUAUGAAGUACUUUGAUAGUGAAUAUAUGAAAAUCAUAUAUGUGAAAUGCAAAUUAAGAAAUGAGUAUGAAAGCGAUCCGCGCAGUUAUGAACACUACCUAAGCAGUAUUGAAAGUAAGGGCUGAAGAAAAUUUAGGCGUGUAGGCGAUUUUUUUCAGGCUUUAUUUUCACAUUUUCACUACUGCUUAAGUAGUGUUCAUUACUUCAAAAAUCGCUUUCAUAUUUAUUGAUAACGACUUUGUCAAGUAGCAGGGCCUGGGUAUUCUAGUUUUGUUUUUGUUUCUUUGUUUGUCUUCCGUUUUGCUUUUGUUGUUUCUACUCUUUUCGUUAUUUUCAAGAUGUUUAUAUAAAUGUAUAUAUUUAAAUGUUUUCUUUUUUUAAUUUUAUCAUUUUUUUUAAAUUUUAUAAUUUGUAUGCACGUCACCCUAUUCUCUUUGCGUUUCCUUUAGUAUUUUUGAAAAAAUUAACAGCUUAUUUAAUUGUUUAUCAUUUCUCUUAAUAUCAUGACCACCUUCUUUGCUUUGUCAGCUGUGUUGCUGUAAGGAUGAAAUGGGUGCUGGUUACUAUUAUGGGUUAAAAAAAAUUUGCAUGUACAUUUAUAACCUUCUUAACAACAUCCGUACAUAAAAGCGUUUACGGUUGAAUGUCGUAGAGAUGAAACAAAACAAAGUAAUUACAUUUGCUAAUUACAGCAAAGGAAGAUGCCGCAAAAAACCUAUGAAAAGUGAAAGUAAAAAAUACAAAAGCGCGGGAACACGCCGCGAGUGACCAAGGCGAGAUAGUUUAGCUUUGAAUCUAAUUGGUUGAAAAAGUGGCGCGAGCUUUGUGUACCAAUCAAAGUAAAAACCACAAAAGCGCGGGAAUACGCCGCUAGCGACUAAGGCGAGAUGGUUAAGCUUUGAAUCUAAUUGUUUGGAAAAGUGGCGCGAGUUUUGUGUACCAAUCCAAGUAAAAACCUCAAAAUCGCCAAAAGCGCGGGAACACGCAACGAGUGACCAAGGCGAGAUGGUUUAGCCUUGAAUUUAAUUGGUUGAAAAAGUGGCGCGAGUUUUGUGUGCCAAUCACUCGAUUACAAAUGGUUUCAUCCUGCAAUUAAAUAGUGAGAAUGUACAACUUAUAGACCAGGAGGAAUUGUCUUGAAGUCAUGUUUAUCUGAGUUUUAAACGAAUGUAUAACAGCUUCAUGUAGAAAGUAAAGAAUCAAUUUAACCUUACGGUAUUAUAUUUUUCCCUUGAUGCUUGCAGUUAUAAACGUCUGUACAAGUCCAGGAGAUAUAGAACAUGGCAGGGUCACGUUUGAAAACACUAAAGCCGAUCGCACAACCUCUCCUAUUGGGACAGUUGCCAGGUUCAACUGCAACGUUGGGUUCAAACUAGUUGGUAAUAGUACACGGCAGUGUCAACCGGAUGGCCACUGGAGUGGACAGCGUAACCCAAUCUGUCAAAGUAAGCUGAGGAAAUGAUAGAAACCCAAGGCAAACCUUAACGGCGACGGGCUACGAGAACGUGGCAAAACAAAAGAUCUACUGGGCAAAACAAUAGUUCAGCAUGUGCUUUUUAAACCUCUGUGCGUUUCUUGCGUGUCCUUUGCAAAAUAAGAACGUGAAAUCGCCAAAAUUUACGUGUUGUGGGAACGAAACCCGAAGGCGAAUUAAGUUCAGUUUCUAUUUGGAACUCACUGCUGCUCACAUACGUUGUGUUGAAGUUGAGGUGUGGCGCGGCAAGAGUCUUUAAACACAUCCAGCCAUUCGUGAAAUUCAAUCUAAAAACAUAAGUUAAUUUUUCAAUCAACUUCUUCCCGGCGCUGCCGUCCUGACUGCCCAAUGUCCCUUAUACUUAGAGCCAAUGACGGUAGGAGACCUGAAAGUGCUUACAUGAGGUUUAGUUAAGACCUGAUAGUUUAAGCCUAAAAUUACUAAAGAGAAUCACCUAGAAGUUAAGCCAAUUUAAGGGCGUCGUAAAACCAAAGCCAUGGUUAACUAGCAGUUUAAUUAGGACCCUGUGUAUGUGAGAAGCAAUGUGACAUCAGCUCUGGAAAAUGAAACUUGAAUUAACGCACAGCCAGUUCAGCUCUUUUGAUUACUAAUGUGAUUACUUUCAGAAUCUAUGCUGAAAUGCGAGCAAAAGAAUCUUAUCGACGGUGAAUAUCAACCCAAAAAAGCGAACUAUUUCCUUCAUGAUAAAAUAACACCGCAUUGCAAACCUGGCUACUAUCUAUGGGGGCCGCCGAGUUUGACCUGCUGGGAGUACGACGCUGACGUAGCUGAUUGGUAUUAUCCAGGCUGUGAAAAAGGUGUACAUACGGAGUUAUUUAAUUGUAACGAGACCCCGGAGCCAGAGUGUGUAACUUCAACAGAAUUCGAUAAGAAGUGCGAAAACGUGGGCGGCCGUGCAACGCUUACACCGAAGAAAGGCAGGGAUUCUGUGAUCUGUGAGAAGUCACCAGAGGAGCCUGGUAAGUUACAUUUUUUUUGUGUAGUACAUCUGCGUACUACUUAUGGGAGUGCGCUCUUGGUUACAAGACAAGGCCUCUCUCAACUCAGGAGUACUAAUAGUUACUAUAAUAUAGGAAAGGAAACCGCCUGGUGGAAAAGAAGCUGCAAUUGAGAAGUCGAAAGUAGAACUGCCUCGAAACCCACUCUUAUUUUAUGGUUUGUUUUUUCUCUUUGUUUUUUAUCCAUUUGUUUGUUUAUAUGACUUUUGCUUCUCUCGAAGAUGUGUCCGACGAUCCUCAAAAGCCAAAUAGGGAACUGGAUAAGAUGACAAUUGUGAUCGCAAGUACAGGCUCAACCUUGGGUGCUUUGGUAGUUUUAUUAGCAGCCCUAUAUUGCUUUCGGCAACGAAUCCGUCGAUUGCGGCGCCCUUCGUACAGGAGCCGACGAUACAGCGACGAUGAUAGGAUUGCGUUCAUUGCGUACGCAGGAGACGUUCAUUUUAUUUUGCCAUCGUAUGAUGAGGCUAUGAGUCAAGUGGAGCGCUCCCCGCCUCCGUUUGAAUCAGUUGUAGGAGGCGCUCAAGGAAGUGCCAAUCGAUCUACAACAGACAGUAAUGGUAAUCAGAGUACCAACCAGUCUGGUAAUACAGGGUUAAAUCAUACGGCUACAAGUACAAACCCCGCAACCGAAGACGGUGACUUAAGAACUUCUCACGAAUUAGCACAAGGACAGUCGAUCCGUGUCGUUAGUAGUCCAUUAGCGGACAACGUGCGUGAUACGAUUUGUAGUUCAACAACACAAAACGUCGAUCACGCAUCCAGUAGCGAAAGCACAAGAAGAAUUGGGUCCUCCGAUGAACGUGCUUGUGUUAACGCUUCCGGUGAAGAGCCGUCGCCGAAUCGUCCAUCCGAAGAUAUUCCGAGCUGCUCCUCGGAAGAAGAUCUCACAUCCAAUCAAACGCAGCCGUUGCUCCCGAACAGCCGGAGUGGCGUUAGGGCGUAAUGAAUAUCUGGGAUUUGAUGUAACGGAACUUAAAUGUAUUGAAGGCUUGUAUUCAGUGUCGGCUGCCGUUAAAUUGUCGGUUCCAACAAAUGAUCAGUAGAUAGAAAGAGAAAGGGAAAAAGAGAGAAAAAAUAGGAUCAAAUGCCAAACCUUCGUGGCAGGGUUCAUCUGUUUGGAGCAACAGCGUUAAAAUUAUGGGAACUCUAGGGCAAUUUCUGCUCUUGAAAUAGGACGUGAUGCUUGAUUUUUGUUUGUUUGAUUGUUUAUUUUUGCAAUUUCUCAUCUUUAUUUUUAUAUUCAUUGUUAUUUCUAUUCACUGUAUUUCUUCCUUAGAAGUGCAGGGAAUUGAAAUGAACGCCGUUUUAACCAAAGGAAAGAGACAGGCCCCAACACGUUCUAUUUCCCUGUCUCUUCUCUUUCUCUCUCGUUAUGUCCCCUAACUUUUGAUUGGUGCAGCCACCCCUGAAUACAAUAUUAAUAAAGGAAAGCUAAAUUACAUAAUUACUAUCUCAUAAAAUAAGUUAUUUUUUCAAUGAAACGAUUACUGUUUUGCCUCAACUUAUAUUUUGAGUCCUCAACGUAUGUAGCUACAUGUAUAUUUUGGACAGAUAUUUUGUGUCCAUGUCUUGUGAUUGUUUUCUUUUGCCUGUAAAGCAAACUUAGGGAAUCAUUCAACUAACUUUUACCAAAUAUCGAUCGUUCUCACGCCAUAUUUUCAAGUAUAUUAAUAGGAAUAACUGGUUAGGAAAGCCGGCUAACAUUGAAGGCGAUAAAAAGAUCCAGUGAACCAUUUUUCAUUUUUUUUUUUUUUUCUUUUCUGAAUGAAUUUAUUUAAGUGUGUUUUCCUUUUAGCUUAACACAAUUGAUAUAUUCGAAUGCGUCGGGCUCAGUCAUGUGCAAGAAACCAAGCAAAAACAUACAGCAAAGAAAUUUUGGACUCGUUUUGAGGGUUUCCUAAGCAGUUACUUCUGUUCAUUAUGGUUCAAACGAAGAACAAAUAGUUUCCAAUCAUCGCCACCGUGAACUUAAGCAAACAAUUUAUUUGCUACCUUUCAAUGUCUGAACAUUUUCGUAAAGUGAGUAAUCUAACAGCAGUAAUGUAAAUAGUCCAUUCUCCAUUGAUUUUGGAAGAUGUUAUCAGCAGUAGGUUGGUUGAAAAUUUAUAUUUGUUGAUGUAACAUCCUAAAUUGUAUCGGUAGUUUAGUUUACAGGCCUUAUUGCAUGAAGGUCUAUUUUCGGUUGUAAAACCCUAAACAUUUUCAACACUUAUUCUCAAUAAAAGACCCAGAGCUAGAAAGAUUCUCAAGGACCUUUCUAAAAAUGUCACUGGAAUGAUAACCAAUUAAUAUUAAAUUAUUCAGGAUGUGUUGAGCGCCUUGACAAAAUUCAUGUUACCCACUCGUUUUACUUGCCAAGGAAAUAUAAUUAUGGAUCAGCUGAUAUCUAAAUAAAACUUUCCAGACUGUCAUUUGUCAGCUAAGUCGAGCCGCAUUUACAAAAAAAGUUGCUCGUAUUACCAAUUUGAUCUUUAAUAGUUGCUAUUCAACCUUGCC